AUCUAGAUUCUAGAUCUAGACUAGAUUAGAUCUACGACCAGUGCCAAUACUUCGACGCAGCCUAUGAAGCAGACAUGGCAUCUGAGAAUUUGAAUUAUGAUCAAAUUACAACAAUUUUGGAGGCCUUGUAUGACACUUUCAACAAGUAUCUCCAGCCGAGUGUUGUUGCACAGUACAUGAAAGAUGCUUUACAAGAUGACUACAGCGAUGGAUCUGAUUUUCUACACAUGAUCUCGGAAAAAGAACUAGUUGACCAGUUUGUGCAGGCAUUGUUGAUGACUCAAAAAGAUGAAUGCAGAGAUUCGUUCUUACUGGGAUUGUCAGAUUUUAACAACCAGGAUGUUAAACAGUAUUGUGAACUUUUAGUAGAGUUAAUCACAGGAAAACUGUUUGACAAUAUCAGCACUGGAAUUGUCCAGUCAUCUCUUGUUGCCCUGGAAAAAGCAAGGAUGAUUUCAUUGAGUUCCAAGCAGAAACUAGAAAGUCUUCUUGCUGACAAGAAGACGCCACCUCAUGAAGUGUGUCUACGGAUGUUUACUGAAAUUAAAAGAGGAAAACAUGACUGGCCAUUUGUUUUUUUUGAUGCAGUGAAAAAUUGGAGUAAAAGUCAAGGAGACAAUCCUGUGGAGCAAGGGCCAGGAGACCAGAAACAGCUCCCAGCCAGCUUUAGUGUAUUCUCAGAGCUCCAAGAGAGGGACAUUCCAGCCGACUGUUAUGCUUCCAUGAACUGUGAGGACUUGGAAUUAUUUAAUCAAACAAAAGUGAAAGAGUUACAUGUGACUCGUAGUGAGUUGAACAAUCCAGUGUUCCAGCACAUUCUGGGGAAUGGAGGUUUGGAUCCAAAACAAGUUCAGUGUGACUACAGUGCAGAACGCAUCAGAGAACAACUCAAUUGGAAGGGAUACCACUCUGAUUCAGAAGAACAAGAUCAAGAGGAGAUUAAGAAAGCGGAAGCUACAUUUCAAAAGCCAGAUCUCCAGUUGCGGGAAUAUCAAAAGGAAUUGGCAGCUAAUGCUUUAGAUGGCCGGAACACAAUCAUUUGUGCUCCAACUGGUUGUGGAAAAACCAGAGUUGCGACUCAUAUCGUCUCUUCUCAUCUGGAAAAUGAUGAUUCCUCAAAACCCAAGAAAAUUGCUUUCCUGGCUCGGACUGUUCCAUUAGUGUUGCAGCAGUGCAAAAGUCUUGAGACGUAUCUUUCAAGCGAGUACAGGAUCACAAGUGUUACUGGAGAGAGUGAGCACAGCAUGAAGAUGCACAUGCUGCUGGAUGACAAUGACAUUAUUGUCAUGACACCCAAAAUCCUGGAAAACCACCUGAUAAGGAACUACUUGGAGAAUCUGGGUGUGUUUAGCCUGAUCAUUUUCGAUGAAUGUCAUCACACUCGAGAGGGGGAACCUUACAACACCCUUAUGCUUUCUUAUCUCAAGACGAAGAAAAAUUCAGAGGUGGAACUUCCUCAGAUUGUGGGCCUUACGGCAUCUAUUGGUAUUGAAGAUGCUGGAAAUGUUGAUGGAGCUGUAGAGAACAUUUUGAAAGUGUGUGGAAAUAUGGACUGUGACAAUAUAUCAGCAGUGAAAGAAAAUUUGGAAGAACUGAAAGAGGUUGUUCCUGUGCCUCAGGAGGUUUCUUUUGGGCUCCGAGAGAGAGAAGGAGAUAGGGUUGUGAAGAAAAUAGAAAGCAUAAUGAAAAAGCUGGAAAAUGAUGCCCAUGAACAUGCACAAGAUGUGAAGAAUGUUCGAGAUUGGUUUUCUAUGGGUGCACCCGCAAAUAAGAAAAGUCAGCAGUACAACCAGUGGGCUGUGAAGCUGAAGAAUGCUGCUCGAUCAGUGCCAAUUAGCAGAGAAAACAGAGAGACCAACCUCUCUGUUAGGUCCCUCAUCAUCAUCUCUGACUAUCUGACGGCCUACAAUGUUGCUCUUGAGACCUAUGACCUGGUCCAACUGAUUGAUGUGAUGGCUAACCUCAAAAAGUCCUUUACCCAUUUCCAAGCAAAUGAAAGAAGAUGCACUGGAGAAGACAUAUAUUUCAAGUACUUUGAAGAGCUUCAGAAGUCUGUAAAGAACAGAGAACUUGAUAGUAAUAAAAACCUGGAGAUGCUGGCAUCUUUGCUGGACAAGCAUUUAAUAAAAAAAGGAGCCAAGUCCAGAGGGAUCAUCUUUGUCAAGACAAGGGCUAUGGCUGAUGCUUUGAAAUCUUGGCUCAGGAGGUGUCGACAUAGUCAACUCCGGGCCCUCAAUGCUUUGACUUUCACUGGGGCGGGGGCCUCAGCUGACGAGGGAGGCAUGACUCAAGCAGAGCAAGAUGCUGUCAUCCAACGUUUUCAGAGUGGAGAGACAAGGUUAUUGGUGUCCACUUCCGUGGCGGAGGAAGGUUUGGAUAUCCCAGAAUGCAAUUUGGUGAUUAAAUACAACCAUGUUGGAAAUGAGGUCACCACUGUGCAAACUCGAGGGCGCAGCAGAAAGCAUGGUGGAUUGUCAAUUUUGCUGGCGAUGGAUAAAGUCAGGCAAAAAGAAACAAUCAAUCAGGGAAAAGCGAAACUCAUGAAAAAGGCCAUAGAAAAGAUCCGGGAUAUGCCAAAAGAGGAGAUUGGCAAAAAAAUAGCAACUCAUCAAGAGUGGGUUUUGCAGACAGCAGAAAUUCAAGAUAUGAUGAAAGCUAGACGUGAGCACCAUCUAAAGGAUGACCCUUUCAGCUUGGUGUGCCGCUUGUGCCGAAAGGUGACCAUCACAAGUGAAGACAUAAAGAUAAUCAACGAUGCACACAGGGUAAAUGUUGACAGAGCUCUGUUGGACAAGAUAAAAGUCUGGCCGUAUGACAAAGCCAGACCUGUGGAUGAUGCUCGUCUUCUUGGUUCAAUCAGAUGCCAAGGGGAACCAGAGACUGGCAAGUUUUGUUUCCAGCACUUGGGAUCCAUGAUGAUUCAUGCAGGAACUCCCUUUGUUGUUCUUGCUAUCAACCAGUUUGGGUUUGAUGUUGGCGAUACAGAGCUGGAAUUUUACAAGAAGUGGAAGGAUGUUCCGUACAAACUUGGUCAUAUUGAAGUAGCUGACAUUGCCAGAUACCUGCCUGAUAUUGCUCCUCAAAGUAGAAAAGCUGACAGUGGCUUCCAGGACAAUGAAACUAGUAAAGAGUCCGCCUAUGCUACUGAAGGAGAAGAGCUGAAUAAAGAUGAAAGAUGCAGUGCAAAUGCUCAAACAUCUAACAAGGAAAUAUCAUCCAACCAAAAUGGGAAAGGAAAUGAGACAGGGCCUGAGGGAUCCCAAAAACAAGAGGUAAAGCCACCAGGCACAAGUGGUAAGCUCCAUGAUCGUCAGGCAUUUUCUCCACCACAGGAUCCACCCCUUGGAAGACGGGAUAGUUUCAGCAGUUCUACCAAUCUGAAAACUGUUCAUCCUGCCGCGGAAACUGGGACAGCGGACAGUGGUCAUUACUCUGGUGCCAGUGAGCCUUCAGAGACAGAUUCUACAGAGGUCAAAGAACCACUUGUUGCUGGUGCAUAUGCAGCACCAAGACGACUAAAAGAAGAGUUUGAUAAUCACCCUGACAAUGUUUCCAAUGUAUCUGACGAAAGUCAAACCAAACCUUUGUCAAUUAAUACAAAAGAACGAAGUGUGCGUCGUGUUGAGGACUUCAGGUGGUUUAAACAGAUAAAGAAAAACUUAGAUAGUAGCCCAAAAUUAGAUAUUCAAUCUCUUUAUAGCAGUAGUGUUCAGUCAAAACCUGCUUUGUCUAGUGUUGCAAGCGAGCCUGCAGGAAGUUGUGACGAUAUUUCUGUUUCAGAAUUAUUGAUAAGUAAGUCAUUAACGAGUAGCUCACCCGCACAAGAACAUGUGGAAAAUCUGAAUGACAAUUUAAAUAUCCCUGUAGAUGUACAGGGUCUUGAGGGUGGCAGAAGUCAGGAUCAAGAUUCCAUUCAAAAGGGGGCUCAGGAAGUUGCUGAGGAAGAAGACAAUCUAGGGGGAAAUGAGGCUUCAUAUCCAGAAGGGGGUGGAAGAAUUCUUUCAUGCGAUGAAUACAGCCAAGAAGACAAUGCAGAAGCUCUGGAAGAAAAUAUGGCUGUGAGAGAUAAUCCAGUAGAUGCUGGGGGUCAGGAUCAGAUUGUAGCUGGUGAUGUUGGAGAUGGAGCUGCACCAGAGCUGAAUGGUGAACAGCAGAAUGACUUAAAUAGGGUAUCUCUUAGCAGAAGUUUUAAGAAUACAUUUUUAUGAACAUCUGUUAACUCUUUCAGGACGUAUCGCCGAUAUACUGGCGCAAGUCCACACCCCUUGCGGACGUAUCGCCGAUGAUGGGGUGCCUCACUUUUGUUUCGUUUUAACAUGAUCCGUCAUUUUUAAGUAGGCCUACUUAUAUUAUUGUAUUGAAAACUUGGAAAGCGUUUAGGAAACGAAAACAUCUAGUUUCGCUUUGUCAAAGUGUCGGUUUGGCGUAAAACGAGUGAAUUAAUUCUUGCGGUCUUGCAUCAACAGAACGAUGUAAUCGGACCCAAUAGAUGUAUCGUAACUCAAACAAAAUUUGGGAAAUUGCUUUCAAAUAAAAAAGUUGCGCUUUCAGAAACUUGGAUUAUGCUCUUGGCCUGUAUAUGAUAAGAUAACUAUGUUGACUUGCUUUCACUUGUUUGGUGAGAGUUAUUAUUUCCUUCAAAAUUUAUUUUCCUCAUCACCAUCACCAAUUCUUACUAACCCUUGUAAUGCAUGCCUAUGUUAAAAAAUAAUCCUUGUUCCAUGUUGGAUGGAAUAUAUUCCUCAUUUCUUCAUUCAAUUUUUUUCAAUUUGAUGAAGGCCUACGUAUGUUACCUUUUGAAUGAUGGUUGUGCUUAUAUGAAGUUAUUCUGUACAUCACCUGUGUAGCUGAAUCGAGCCAGAAGUUAAUUACGUCUAGACUCCAAAACAAAUAGGUACGGAAAGAGAUAAAAUGUAUUUAUUUAUUUAUUUAUUUAUUAUUAUUAGUAUUUAUAUCAUAUAUAUUUUUAAAAAAUUUAUUAAAAAAAAAAUUUUUUUGGGGGGGAGGGGGGAAGAGAUCAUAGCCUUAUUCCAUAACUUGAUGCUCUUGUGAACUAUGGUAGUGCUACAUCAGUUAGAAAUAUUUCUGAUGUUGUAUCUUAUGGACUUGUAAUGGGUUUUUUAAGUUUCUUUUCCAUUCAAGAGAGGUGAAGCAUAUUUUACAGCUCCUCAUAUCAUCAUAGCAUUUUACUUCUGUAUACUCACUAAAUGGAAUCUGAGAACUAUUUCAGCAGAUUUCUUUUGCUCCUUGGGAAAACAUACAUCCGUACAAAAUGUCAUACAUGUUUUGUGGCUAUAUAAAAUUGUGACAAUUUUGAUGAAAAUGUGGGAGUCGACCUGUGCUAGACAGUUAUGUCGACAAGUGAUCAGAGAAAGUUGAGGCUCUUCUCUUGUCAUGGCAGCGGCAAGCGCUUCAUUUGUCAGCAGGGCUUCAUCCAGGCAAAUGUGAAGGCAUUGAAAUGAUGUACAGUCAAACCCCAUCAUACCGCCUACCUUUGGACGAGCAUGAAAAUAAAGUUGGGUGUACUGCGGGGCUGGGGGGUAAAACGGGAUCGUACUGAUUGCCAUCUUGACCAGUAAUGGACUUUUAGAGACUACAGAUAAGAAGCAAACUGUGGCCAGUUUUACCUCAUGUAGAUCUGUCUGGCGUGACUGCCAUGUGCAAAGAAAAAGACAAAUUUUAGUAACCAAUUAUCAGCUCCAGCUAAAAUUUACACAAAUUCAAAUAGAAAGAAGCUAGGAUCGGGCUGUAUGUUUCAAAGAACCUAUAUGUACAUUUUAAAAAAAUUGGGACUCAAUACUUGUCAGUCCUUGGACAGCCUUAGCCUAUCAUCAUGUAGACUUGAGCAUGAGUCCUCACAAUAUAAAAGCCCUAUGGGCGCCCGCCAGCAUUGAGAUCAUGAAGCUGAUAAGUGGAGAUGCCAGAUAUUUUGUCGGCAGGCCAAAGUGGCUUGGUUAAUUUGAAGUUUCUCCAAGUGACUUUUAAGUUUCUUUCCAAAUUUUCAAAAUAUUGUCCAGAGCCGAAAAAUAAUAGCUUUUCCACAAUCAGUGCAAAUCAGGAGCUAAUCAACGACAGAUGCUAGAAAUAGGCUGACCUCAGAGAAAGAGAUUAUCAAGCAGCCAGCGGAUGAGUGCUGUGUGUAGUGUGUACCUCUUGCAGCCAAUUUGCUGGCGGUACAGAGGGGCGAAUUUACUUUAGUUUAAUAAGGACAGUACAACUCACAGAGUUGGCAGAUGGCAGUGUAAAUGCAUGAAUACUAUAUAUAGGCAUUCCUUUUCUUACAAAGACAAAACCUGGUGAUAAGUGGGGCUGGCAGUUCAACGAUGGGGUGGGGGGUACAAAGACGUUUGACUGUAGAUUGGAGAGGUGUCAUAAAGUACCAUUUUGCUUAAUUGUAACACAGACAUGAAUACAAUUACUGGGUAUGCAAUACUGGGGGAAAAUGGCGAUUAGCGGAUGAUUGUGGCAAAAAUAAGUAGAAAUAACUUUUUUUGUAUUUUGCUUCCUAUUCCAGUGUAUGCUUUAUAAAACUGAUAUAUGUGUAUACAAAUCCUUUGAGCCUUGAUCCUAAUUUGACCCAAAUCCUGACCUCGUGAGCUUCCAGAUUCAGGGAGAGAGGGCAUCCUCAUGAAAAAACUCAGUAAACCAGCUCAGAAUGUGAUCAAAACGAGUUUGAAAGGGUGCAGACAUGUUGGUAUCCUAGAAUAGCAUGUUGACAGAAACUAGCAUUCAGAUUUUUUCUACAGUUUGCUGAGGUGUUAUUGUGGAAUCCCCACCACCCAUACAUUUUCAUGCUCCUCUUGUAUUGAAUCAUUUAUAAUGUAAUCAAGUCCCUAUAAAAGUACUCAAAUAGACGUUGCUUUCUGUAUAUAAUUUUUGUGGGUCCAUUUUUACACGAAAUAUUUGUAAAA